AGAAUGAUUUUAUAGCUAGAAUAUCAUAUUCUACUAAAUAUAAAAGUUUGGAGCCCGACGAGUUAAUUAUAGAAAUUAGCUUUUGAAUAAGCAGGUAGCUCCUGAGAAUAAGCAUAAAGCUCAUCUUAUUUGAGUAAAUAAUGGGACAGGUGUACGUUGGAGGAGAUUUGGGUGAAGUUAUAAAAUCCAGAAAGUAUCGGUAGGAGGUACGCAUGGCACCUCCGGGACAGGGGACGUCUCGGGAGAUAGAAAGACGGGCUGAAUGAGUGAACUGCAUCUGAUGUGGUUUCGACCGAAGCGCGAGCAAUGCACAACGUCGGUUUAGCUGGAUUGACAUUUUGGGCACCGAAUGUGAACAUAUUUCGCGAUCCUCGAUGGGGGCGAGGACAAGAAACACCCGGCGAAGACCCGUUGCUCAAUAGUAAAUACGGCGCUGCGUAUGUGCGAGGUUUGCAACAACGGGACGAUGGUAAGAAAGAUGGCCUCAAAGUUGGCGCGUGUUGCAAGCAUUACACCGCGUACGAUCUUGAAAGCUGGAAAGGAUCAGGGCGAUAUACUUUCGAUGCUCAGGUGACGAAACAAGACUUGGACGACACAUUCAAUCCUCCGUUCAAGAGUUGUGUUGUCGACGGAAAUGUUGCGAGCAUUAUGUGCUCAUACAACAAAGUCAAUGGCAAGCCAUCCUGCGGCGACGCCGAGCUAUUAGGCGGUGUGAUUCGAGGCCAAUGGAAGCUAAAUGGGUACAUUGUUACAGAUUGCGAUUCGCUAAAGGAGAUAUUCGACAAACAAAAGUACACCAAGACACCGGAGGAAACCGUGGCAUUGGCCCUCAAUGCCGGGGUGGAUCUCAAUUGUGGAGCAUUUCUCGCCAAUUUCACUCAAAGCGCGAUCGAUAAGAAAUUGGUGAAUGAAGCAAUGAUCAAUCGAGCAGUUUCGAAUAACAUGGCGACGUUGAUGAGGUUGGGAUUCUUCGACGGAGACCCUAAAAAGCAAUACUACGGCAAUCUUGGCCCGAAGGAUGUGUGCACGCCGGCAAGCCAAGAAUUUGCGCGCGAAGUAGCUCGACAGGGGAUUGUCCUGCUCAAGAACGCCGAAGCUCUGCUGCCCCUGUCUCGAACGGGCACAAAGACCUUGGCACUCAUCGGUCCGAAUGCUAAAGCAAACAAGACGAUGCUAGGCAACUACGAGGGCAGUCCUUGCAAGUACACGACCUUGUUUGAUGGCCUAUCGACUUUUGUUAAGAACAUAGCGUACGAGCCUGGUUGUGAACUUGUGUCGUGCGCCAAUGUGAAAUUAGACCAAGUUAAGAAUGUGGCAGCUAGGUCCGAGGCCGUGAUCUUAGCCAUGGGCACGGAUCAAUCUAUCGAGAAGGAAGGCCUCGAUAGAGAGGAUAUCACGCUUCCGGGGCAACAACAAGCUUUAAUAACCGAGGUUGCGAAUUCAUCGAAAGGACCGGUGAUUCUUGUCAUAAUGUCGGGAGGAGGGGUGGAUAUACAAUUUGCGAAGGAUAAUCCGAAAAUCAAAAGCAUUCUUUGGGCCGGUUUUCCGGGGGAAGCCGGUGGAGGCGCGAUCGCGGAUGUCAUCUUCGGACUUCACAAUCCGAGUGGAAAACUACCGAUGACUUGGUAUCCUCAAUCGUACGUACAAAAGGUCAAGAUGACAGACAUGGACAUGAGACCUAAUCCGGCGAGAGAUUACCCCGGCCGGACAUAUAGGUUCUACAAAGGACCAACGGUGUUCCCAUUCGGGUUCGGGUUGAGCUACUCAAAAGUCACACACAAAAUGGUCAAGGCCCCCCCGAAGCUCGUAUCCAUGGCUUUGGGAAAAAAGCACGCGUGUCGUAUGUCGACAUGUAUGUCCAUUGAUACCGAAGAAGCGAGUUGCAAGAUCGAAGCCAUCGACAUUCAUGUAAGUGUGAAGAAUGAAGGGACGACGAGUGGAAGCCACACGGUGUUGCUUUUCUCGACCCCUCCGCGGCUACACAAUGCGCCGCAUAAACAGCUCGUCGGCUUCGAAAACUUUCAUUUGGCGCCGCGGGGCGAACAGAUGGUUCGAUUCAAGGUAGAUGUGUGCAAGCAUUUGAGUGUGGUUAAUGAAGAGGGUAAUAGAAAACUUGCUUUGGGAGAGCAUGUCCUCCAUGUGGGAACCUUGAAGCAUUCUUUAACUGUUGAAGUUUGAAGGUUGAAGGAGAUGUGCCAAUUUGUUGCAAGGGAUCCUCAGUCCAAAAAUUAAAUAAAUUUUUACUUAGUCCCCCAAAUUGUAUACAUAUUGUAUGUAGGAUUGAGUAAAACUUAUCGAGUUUUGAAUUGAUAAUACCAACACGGGCCU